AUGGUUGCAAGCUCAAACGGCGAAGUCUACGCGCCCUACACACGCGUCCCCCUCGUCGAGGAGGGCUUCCACUCCAGUGAGGAUGGCUCCGAACUCCACUCCCCCGUCUACGAUGGCUCCUACACCCCAGAAGGUGCGUUCACCGCCCUCCAUGUACAUCGCCAGCUGGGACGGCGCACACUACGACAGCCCGACUACGCCGCCCAGGUGCGCGACCACCAUAUGCUCCAGGGCCUGCACGUCUCCAGCCCCACGCUCGACCCCGAACUCCCCCACUCCUUCACGAAUGACCUCAGCCUCCACGACCCGACCAUGCUCGGGUUCGAGACCCCAGCAGCGCGUUUCCACCCGCACGCUCUGACGUCGACAACGGACUACACGUUCGGUCUCCCUCAGAGUCGGUUGCCCGAUCCGCAUUACCACACGCCGCAUGAUGUCCUCCACGAUCCGCCCGCCGGCUAUAUUUCGCAUCAUCAUCAAAUGUCGAUGCCAACCUCGAAUCAAGCAUCACACACCGCAGUGGCGCACGAGUCAAAGUCGACGUCGCCGGGCGCCACGACGACAGCAGGGCGGCAGGCGCGACGGGAAGCCUCAAACGUCGUUAUCGCAUGUCGGCAAUGUCGCGCUCGAAAGAUUCGUUGCGACUCUACCAGACCAGUGUGCCACAAUUGUACACGGCGCAACAAUGAGUGCGAGUACGACGCGGUCCCGAAACGCCGAGGCCCGGACAAACGCCCCGGCACUAGGCAGCGGUCCUGCAAAAAGCGACCUUCGGACACGUCUACUCCCCCAGCGAAGAAGAAGCGCAAGACCGACGACGAGAGCCCCGACCCCGUCCUUGGUCGCAUCAAGCAAGACCCCGCCGAGGUCGAGUCCAAAGCCCACUCUCUGUCCUUUGGCCCUAGCAGUUCCACCUCACACUCGUCCUCCUCCCCGCUCGACAUCCAUGAACACUCUCGCAGUCUCUCUGACAUGGCCUACCCUCGAGACGAUGUGUCGGCCAAUUCUCGGCACCAUCCUGACUCGCUGGCGUACACGACCCGGUCCCCCGAUACCAAGCUGCUUUCUCGCAACGGGGACGUCAACGGCGGGCGCCGCCACCAUCAUGACGACUACUCGAAAGCUACGUUCAUCCCUCUCUCUCCCUCGGUCGAAUACACGCGCAAGACCUGGUGGGACAAUCUCCUGCGCGAGCAUCAGUACCGCGCCCGUAGAAUGAACGAGAUCUUGAGCGACCUCAAUUUUCUCCUUACUUCUAGUAGUUACUGGCUCUCGUUUAUUCAUCUCCCGACGUUCUUCCGUGACCUGCAAGACCCCGCCCAGCGCGUGCGCAUGCAGCCCGCCCUCAUCAUGGCCGCCCUCGCUAUGGCCACCCUUAUGAAAUCGAGUGAAAUUGAGCACGGCGCGGAGGGAAGAUCCCGCGCCGUCAUGUACAGGGACGCGGCGCAGUCACUGCUGGAGAGUGCCUGCAACCAACAACUGGUUGACUAUACCCUCGCCGAGGCCGCUUUGCUCCUGGCUCUCUUCGAGAACUCCAGCCACCCGCAGUACAACGCAGAGAGAGCGAGCUGCUCGUUGCAGUUCCUCGACCGUAUCGUCGGCGUGCUCUCCCUCACGUUCAUCGACCGGCACGACGCCGACGUCUCUGUAUUCUCCUCCCGCUCCGCCCCCGUCGUCUACAUGCCCGACAACUACCGCCCGCCGAAGAAAUGCUGCUGCGUCGCCUCGCCACAGAGCAUGCCGGGUGGCGUCGAGGGCUAUCACCCGUACUCGCAGAUCAUCCCGCCUUGGAACCCCAGCUGGUCCGAGGCGGAGAUCCGCAAGGAGGAGUGCCGCAGGCUGUGCUGGGUCGCCCUUGCCCUCGUCGCCAACUACACGCUGCAGUGCUCUGCCUUCCAUGUCGAGCCCAAGCGAUUUUUCCUGUCAGAUCCGGCGAAUUUCAUGUUGCUAUUCCCGGGCGAGGCCUACGAACGUGCCCUGGGCCACGAACAGCUGUAUGGGCAGUCACCGAAGGACUCUGUCUGGGCUGUGUACUGUCGGAGCAUGCUUCUGUGGACCAGCAGCACCCGCCCGCCUGAUGACCGUUGGUCAUCCGAGCACCGGACAAGGUUUAUUGUCGACAUUUUGACCGAGACGCGCAUCGUCCAGUCGGCGCUCGACAUGCACCAAUGCAGCGUGGACAGUACACUGCUGGACGUGUGUAGGGAGUUCCUCUACAACACGCAGCUCACUGCCACGUAUGAACUGCGGCGCAGGCUACAGGACGUCGAUAAUGCGGCCACAUUUGACCGCCGACAGGCAGAAGAGUGGCUGUACUAUCAGGACCAGAUAGCGAAGGGCGUCAAGGCUGCAGUGCUCCAGCUGGGUGAGGCUCCCGGACAUCUGCUGUCGAGGCGCCCGUUCCAGGUCAACUGGAUAGCCACGCAAGUCAUGAUCUGUUUGUCGCUCUGGAACUACGACCGGUCGCUCGUCCAUGCUCUCGAGCUGGCCAAGUCGUUCCUCAUCCCGCUCGACGUCCUCAACGUCCUGUGGCCGUCCGCAGUGCAGCGCGUGCGACGGGACGAGCUCCGCCAGCGCCUUGAAGAGGCGUGUGUUUCGGCCCGUCUGCCACCUCCUCUCCCGGCCGAGCUCACGUUGCCGCCAAUCCUGCGGGCAUGA